AGAGAAUCUUUACAGUAAAACACCUGUGAAACCGUGAGAUACCUUUAGAACCGGUCUACUGACGGAAAAGCAGAGUGAACUUCUGGAGGGACAUUAAGGGACACCAGUGCCAAAAAAGUUGAGUUUAGACUAAGAUUUCCUAAAGCAGAUCAAACAGCAGGUGGAAAUAUGAUUCGCCUGGUCUUGCUGCUGGGGCUCCUUCUAUGUGUGGGGGUUCCGCUGUCCGGCGCCCAGCACUGGUUCUUUCCCCACAUCAGAGAUUUCAGGGGAGAUUAAUCUGUGUGAGGCAGGGGAAUGCAGCUACCUGAGACCCCAGAGGAGGAGCAUACUCAGAAGCAUUCUUUUGAAUGUAUUAGCCAGAGAGCUCCAGAAGAGGAAGUGACAGCUUUCCACCCUACACUGCUUUUCUUCCUAGUGACCCUCUUUAUCAUGGCAUGAAUCAACUUCAUGCCGAUCCUCUGAUCUUGUGCAUUUGUUCAGUAAAACUGUUUUCCAUGGUUUCUCUUUGUGGCGCAGAAAUAUUGAAGUUACAAUAUCUCAUAAUAAAGUAUCUAUUUUGAUAUUAA